AUGUCACUCUACCACGAGACUGCGGAAUUUCUCACCUCAUCUUCUGCAUCUGGCGGGAGCUUGAAAUCUAGGAUUUUUGGCAAGAAAGACCUGAAAUCACAGCCAGCUCAAGUUUACGCUCUUGCGAUAGAAUCAUCAAAAUGGAGUGCGAUAUUGAAAGAAGUUAUUGAACGUACAGAUCUUCUACGGCUGGAGCGGAAGAUAACUCCAGUUCUGUCUGUACUUCUGGUACACGAUCUUCUGCUGGCAAAACGAGGCAUAGCGAUUCCUGCAACACACGGCCUUCGAACAUCAGUUGAGCGUCACAAAGCACGACUCACCGCUGAGUUCACCAAAUCUAGAAUUCGACGGAAACUAAGCACCGUGGAAGCACUGAAAGCCCACAUUGAAGCUGGUCUUGGAAAUACCACUGAUAGUUCUCAGAUUUUGCAUCCACGAUGGGUCAGAAUCAAUACUUUGAAAACUACGCUUGAGGAGCAGCUUGAGUCCACAUUUGCGGGACUUGAGCGAGCGCUCACCGUCGACGCAGUUCGAAAGCGUGGUUCGAAACACAUAUUUAUUGAUCAUAAUAUUCCUAACCUCGUGGCUGUUUCAUCAACUACUGAUCUGUCUAAAACCGAAGCGUAUAAGUCAGGAGCAAUCAUAUUCCAGGACAAAGCGUCAUGUUUUCCUGCUUAUUUAUUAGAUCCGCGCUCUGAGGACGACGAUAUCAUCGAUUCAUGUGCAGCUCCUGGAAACAAAACCACACAUCUUGCAGCUAUCUUGCAGUCACGUCAGCCAGAUCCAAAUGGAGGUUCGCAAAAGAUACACGCUUUCGAGCGUAAUUAUGGUCGAGCCGACACUCUGAAGAGAAUGGUUAGCCUCGCAGGUUCUGAUAGAAUAACCACAAUUCAUGCCGGCGAAGAUUUUCUCAAAGCCAAACCAGAAGCCUCAACAUACAAAAAGGUUACAUCCCUGCUUCUGGAUCCUAGUUGCUCUGGGAGUGGCAUUGUUGGACGUGAUGACAUGCCAGAGCUUCAUCUUCCGGUUCCUAAAAACAAUACGCCUUUGCCGAAGGACAGUAAGAACAAGAAGCAGACUAAAGUCCCAGAUCCAACGAAAGAGACUCGCAAGCGGAAGAGGGAGGACUUUAACGAGGAUCUGGACGUUAUGGUGGAUGAUGAUGGAAUGGUUACUGCUGUUGAUACUGUAGAUGAGUUGAACGCUCGCCUAACAGCCCUUUCCAAGUUCCAAUUGGAGCUUCUAAUACACGCUUUCAAAUUUCCGUCUGCGCGGAGGAUUACCUACUCGACUUGUUCUAUUCAUGCGCAGGAGAACGAGCAGGUGGUCUUACAAGCUCUCAAAUCGUCCAUUGCAAAAGAGCAGGGAUGGCGACUGCUAAAGCGCGCAGACCAGAUUAGAGGGCUGAAAGAAUGGCCAGUACGAGGUGACAUUGAAGCUGCUGAAGGAGACGCCGAGGUUGCUGAGGCUUGCAUUCGAGCUAAUAAAGGGGACGAACAUGGGACGAUGGGAUUCUUUCUUGCAGGAUUCGUUAGAGAUUCCAACUCGGUGGAAGAUAUUGGAGCACAAUUUUUGCGAGAUGAACAUGGCCAUAUGGUGAGAGAUAUGAUGGGAUUUCCUGUGCGAGCAGAGCCGAUGGGAGCUGAUAGCACUUCUUCUCCUAUGGACGAAGCAGCCCCAGAAGCGGCGGUGGAAGUUGAAGCUGAUGAGGAGGAGGAGGAGGAGGAAUGGGGAGGUAUUGAGGACGAUCAGAUUCCAGAAACGAAGGAUGAAGCCAUCGGAGUUCCUAUGCCGACCAAAAACAAGCAACCAAAGGUCAAUGCUGCUAGUAAGCAUCAGCAUAAUCCGCAGAAAAAACGAGCGGAUCUGGCAUCGUUGUCGCAGAAGAAGAAGAAACGUAAGAAGUAG